CAUUGUUUUCACUGCUUCAGGUGCUGAAAGUGCGUCCCCUCGGCGUCUAGGGGUGCUGUGGGCUGGCCGGGAACUAAGAGGAAGCGCAGCGAGGCCCCAGCCUGGGUCGCCGAGGCCUUCCGGGAGCGCGUCUCGUUCCUAGACGCCCGAAUCCGUCGCUUGGUCCCGUGGCGCUGACAGCCUUGUUGGGCUGGGCGCUGGGCGCUGGGCGCCGGCGCGCCAGUGAUGAACCAGGCAGACGUGGCCAGGUGACACUUUCAUCACCUCCUACUCCAACCCUGAAAAGCAGCUUCUGAUCUGAGCUACAGACCAGACUCUUGGACCAACUACAGCUAGAACAGCUUUCUCUCUGGGAUCACAAUGGCCACAGAAAGCAGGGGAACUGUAGCCCUCAUCCCCAGGAGUGCUGUGUUCCCGAAGCAGGAGGGGUACUUGCCUGUGCAACAGGAGCCUGGAAGGAAGACCUGGGAGCAGGGUUGCAGUCUCCUGAAGUGCCACCCUUCUGUCUGUGAAAUCUUCAGACAACUGUGUUACCAUGAGAUGUCUGGGCCUCAGGAGGCACUGAGCAGACUCCGGGAGCUCUGCCACUGGUGGCUAAUGCCUGAGGUCCACACCAAGGAGCAGAUCCUGGAGCUGCUGGUGCUGGAGCAGUUUCUGAGCAUCCUGCCAGGGGAGUUGUGGGCCUGGUUGCAGCUUUGCCAGCCCGAGAGUGGCGAGGAGGCUGUGGCUGUGGUGGAGGAUUUCCAGAGACGCCUCAGUGGACCAGGAGAGGUUUCAGCCUCAGCACAGGAAAAGGAGGUACCUUUGGAGGAGAUGAGAGCCCUGGAUGCUGGAUGAGAGCAGAGGAAUCACCUACCUCACCUCUUCACAGGGGCUCGGUGCCUGGAGCCCACCCAGAGCCUCCUCAGUAUGGAGGGGCACAGCAGCUCCUUGACUAGCACUUCGAUACGCACCAGCCCCGCUCUGCUCCAGCCAGACUUUCCAUCUGUUUUCCAGAGUCUCCUUCGUGUGUCUGUCUCACACCCCUUGGAAUCCCACAUUCUUUAGUGACCUUACUCAUUCUCUUUGGUUAUUUUCUAGUCAUGUGUGCAUUUAGAAAGUUUUUGUGAAGCACAUGUCCUAGGGAACACACUGGUGGGGACCAGACACAGUACACUAUCACUGUUGUUAUGGAGAUGGCAGGGAGUGUGUCAUACAGGAGACAAAGGUAUAAGAUGCAGGUAGGGACACCUGUCCCUGGGUAUUGACCCCCUACCCAGGUGAGCAGUGCAAGCAUUGGAAGGUGAUCACUGGUAGCAGCCAAGACCAUUGUGAGGUUGAACAGAUGUAGGAUGCUUCGUGGAGGAAACAGUGGUAUAUUUUGUUACUUUUUUUUGGUACCAGGGAUCACACUCAACAGCCUCGAACUUAUCAGGCAAGUGCCUGAGCUGCUGAACUAAAUCCCUGGCCCAAUGGCAGCGGAUUUUAAGAGUAGAGGAGAAUUUUGAAUGCAUGAAAUGAAGGCAUAAGAAGAGAGAGAGGUAGGAGGUAAGUAGGGGAAUAAACAAAGACUCUAGGGGUUCCUUGGGCCCCACUGAGGGAGAGUGAAGAAGAGCUAUUUUCGGAAACCAGAACCCUGCUUGUACAAGGUUUGAGUUGAGGCCUGGAAGAUUUGGGGGUAUAAGGGUGAAGUGCUAGAAACAGCAUUUCAGGAGGUACAGUAGUAGGCGGGUGCAGUGGAAUGGACAGCGAUGACCUGAAUUGGGAAGGGUGGGAGAGAGGGGUCCAAGUGAGGAAUAGUGGGGUGGAGGAGUCCCAGGGCCCAGGAAUGCAAGGAUUUUGGCCAGUGAUGGAACACUGACUGGAAGUGGGAAACCAGGAAGGAAAGUUGGUAAUAACAUGCAUUUUAGGAAGUGAAUUAAGGUGUUGGGGCCAGCUGAAUAAAAUGUCCACUCUCUGGCCUUGUGAUGGAAGUUUGGGAGGCAGAGGAGGCCUAGGAGAGCAGGUAAAGCCAGGACAGUCAGUGAGAUCACUGAUAGAAGUAAGAGCGGGCUGGGCUUCAGGAGUGUCCAUUGUCAAAGGGCAGGAAAGGAGGCCGCAGGGUGUCAUUGCACAGGUGAGGCGUGGCUGGAGCUAGGAAAGCCAGGGCAGGAGUGCGUGGUCAGAGCAUGGCUUCCUUUGGGGAGGUUGAUGAGAGUGAGGCUGGGGGCACUUGGGUCUCUGGUUGGCUAGGAUCUUGUCCUGCGGCCUAUGGAAACAUUUCCUGCCGGGCGGGGAGCCUCAAGAAGAGGGCUCAGUCAAAAAGCUGCUUGGGCAAUUUCAGGUCCCCUUCUUGGUAACAAAGAUGUCAUGGCUCUCCUGCCUGAGGGCUUCUUGGAUCUCAGUCCACAUUCCUGCUUAGGUCCCUCUGUCUAGCCCUGGAGUUGUCUCUUCCAGUGCAUGAUCCAGCUCCUCUCCUUUGCCCUUUUGCUCAACAAGAGCCUGUGCUCCACAGCCUCUGAACUAUCGGCACUGAGCCCCUCAGGAUGGGCCUCUUCCUGAGCAGCACAAGCCUGCCUUUUCCCGGGCCUGCGGCCCCUGGGGGUUUGUUCACCCACUGUAGGCACAAGUGGAAAGGCUCAGCCUUCGGUUAUCGUGUCGUGAGCCCUGCACCGUGACACGGUGCCAGGAAGUGACCACAGCGAGGCCUCUCAUGGUCAUGAUUCUUCCCCAGUAACUUAGAGCCUGCACUCUGUAUGAUUUUAUGUCCUAUUUAUUGUACAGGUUUUUGUUGGGAACAUUUCCAUGCAGAAGAGAGAAAAGUGUCAGGAGCCUGCUACACCUGGCACUAGCUUUAACUGAUCAGUAUUCUUUUUUUUUUUUUUUUUUUAUUUAAAAGGAAACAGAAAAAACAAAACAAAACAAAGCGGUGUAAGGGUACAAAUAAUACAGAACUACAAAAAAAAAGUAAGAAAUCACCAGUUAAUAGAUUACACAUUAUCAUCUUAGAGAUAGUUGCUCAAGUCACAGUAUCAAAGCAUACAAAGUGGACAUUCAAACAGUGAGACUGCAAACAGUUGUGUUCAAUGAUCCAACCAAAAACAUUAAUAUGGUCAGCUAUUUAACACCCCUAAACACACUUGUAUCCUUUAGAGCACUUUUUUCCCCUCUCUUUUUUACAACAAAAUUUACACCUUUUGGGUUUUAUUACUCCUUAGUUCUUAUUACUUUUUUUUUUUGGAAGAGAAUAAAGUCAAAUAUGGCAAAACACAGCUCUCAGUCAAAACCAAAGAUAGACAUAGUACAUGAUGUAAAAACAGAGUACAAGGUUAUGGUUACCAUAAUGGUUACCAUAAUGAUUGAUCAGUAUUCUUUUUGCUUUGUGGUUAAUGGAUACACGGGUGUUUGGAAUCUGAGACACUCAGGCUGUGGUAAGCGCUUUGUUUUGAAGUGAGAACAAGCCACUCAUUUGAACAGACUUGGAGGAAACAGUCUUGUGAAGAAUGAGCCAGGAAUCGAGCUCAGGACCUUGCGCUUGCCAGGCAAGCGUGGUGCCACUGCCAGCUAAUGAAUACUAAUGGUACUGCCGUGACAACAACAGCCCGUGUGUGUCUGCAUCUCUUCCCACUACCACAUGCUUCUGUACUCUGAAACGUCCCAUCAUAUUCCUCAACUCUUACCUGUUCUCAUAGCACUUGCUGUGGCUCCUUAUGACUUGGCGCCAUGCAUCAUCUCGCUUACGGGUUUGACUUUUAUCAUUGCCUUAGUGUUUCUAUUUUCAGGGUAAAAUUUACUUGGGGAUUUUGGUUGGUGCAGCCAUUAAACAUCACCAGUGCGGUAGCAUUCUGUGGUCAAGGCCACAGCAGAGGCCAGUGAGUAACCUACAGAUAAGAUGCUCAUGGCUCAGGGUCCCAGUCUGGUCUGUCUUACUGUGGUUUCUUUUUUUCUCUCUCUGUCUCUCUUUUUCUUUUCUUUUUAUCGGUACCAGGGAUCGAACUCACAACCGCCUGCUUGCAUGGCAGGUGCUUAAUGCCGCUGAGCUAAAUCCCCAGCCCUGUGGUUUCUCAUAGGGUGCUUAGCAUCAUUUGACACAGAACAUGAUUGUGUAAGUGUCCCUGACAAGUCUGUUACCUGAUAGUUCCUUUGAUUGACAAGCCUGGGACAAUACCAGCUUGAUAGAGAGACAUUGAGCUGGACAUCUAACUUACCACAUGCUAAACAGUGGGACAGACCUGUCCGGGUUAAGAAAUGCUUGAAAGAGACCAGCAUCUUGGUGGGUAGUAAUAGCCGUGACUGCUGGGCCUUCUCCCACGUUUUACAUGUAAAAUUCUAAGUGUUCAACUCAUUAGUUUUCUUAUUCUGGAGAAUCAAGGGCCCAAAGACAUACUUUAGUUCAACUUUUAAAUUACUGAUACCUCUCUAUUGGGUUCUUGCAACCCAGUAAUCUGGAGCUCCAUGGCAUUUUAAACACAGGUUUUAAACACUAUUGUUCUUUGCAACACUAUAUCUCGGCAAUUAUGAGCCCACACAUGCGUGGUAUCACUGGCCUGUCACACAUCAUCUAUUCUUUUGGUCCACUUUCCAAAUCACAGCUCCAUAGAAAUAUUUUAUCAGCUCCCUCCCAAAUUUGUCCUCUUGUAUUUGACCUGAGGUGUUCGCCAGCCUUCUGUCUCCCAGAAUCUUUUCUGAGAAAUUUCACGACUGGAGAGGAACAUAGAGUUCAUCUUGUUACCCAGGGACACCAGCCCUGGUGGCUUCUGGGAUCUUGUACACUGUGUAUUACAAUUUGCCUCUUGCUUUCUAACCACCCUACUGGGCCAGACUGGCUCCAUAGCCAGCUCUUCUCUCUCUUUUCCACCUCUUCCCUCUUCCUCUGAUCAUCUUUCUUUUGUAUUCCUGAAGAGAAAAAAAAUUGAGCUGUUUGCUCUGUUCUCAGUGUGCCAUCUCAUUCCUUAACUGUAAUGUGACUGUUUUACACAUAGGUUCAACUCUUGAUUAUUCUGUUUCCACAACAGGACCAUAACUGAGUGAAAGUUGCUUUCUUGUUUCUUUUGGCAGCAGGUAAAAACAGGAUGAAAGGUUCGGAGUUUACUGCAAAGGCGGUCUCUAAACACUCAGAGUCACCUGAGAGGUCAUCGGGGGGCUGUCUGGGGCGGCUCCUGGAUCAGAAACUGGAGAUGUCUGUCAAGAUAUUUUAGAGCAGCUGGAAGGGCCGCCCUCCAGAGAAGGGAGAGGACUGGCCAGUGAGUGCCUGGAAGUUACAGAUGAAGAUAAAAGUUCCACCAAAGACAGAUGUGAAGAGUAUGUGGAGGUGAUUGUACACCCAAAUCCAUCCCCCAGUCCUGCACACCAGGGCAUUCCAAAGGGAAAGAAAUGCUAUCCGUGUGCUGAGUGUGCAAAAGUGUUCAGUCAGAGUUCACACCUCCUUGACCACCAGAGAAUCCAUGCUGGAGAGAAGCCCUACACAUGCCACAAGUGUGGUAAGGCCUUCAUGCAGCUCACUGUUUACAUGAGAAGCCACCCGGGAGAGAAGCCCUGUGUGUGUAGGGUAUGUGGGAAGACCUGUUGGCACAGCUCCCACCUCAUCCAGCAUCAGUGGCUGCAGAAUGGGGAGAGAUCCUAUAGAUGUAACGGAUGUGCAAAAGCUUUCACAGAGAGUUCUCAGCUCACUGAGCACCAGAGAACCCACAGUGGGGAGAAGCCCUCUGCGUGCAGGGAGUGUGGAGAGGUUUCCAUUCUCAGUAGAAGUCUCAUGCGCCAUCAGGUCCUUCACACUGGGAAGAAACCUUACAAGUGCACUGAGUGUGGGAAAGGCUUCUGUUCCAGCAGAAACCUUGCUGACCACCAGAGAACCCACACUGGGGAGAAGCCUUACGAAUGCAGUGAAUGUGGCAAGACCUUCAGUCGAAGCAAGUGUCUCCUUCGACACCAGAGUUUCCACACUGGGGAGAAGCCAUACAGAUGCAGUGAAUGUGGGAAAGCCUUCAGCCAGAGCUCUCAGCUCAGUGACCAUGAGUGAAUUCACACUGGAGAAAAACCUUUUGAGUGCAGUGUGUGUGGUAAGGCAUUUGGCCUGAGUAAGUGCCUUGUUCGAUACCAGAGGCUUCACACCAGGGAGAAGCCCUAUAAAUUUGAGGAGUGAGGAAAAUCAUUUAAUCAAAACUCUCACCUCAUCCACCAGUGAAUUCAUACCGGUGUGAGAAACCGUGUGGAUGCAGUCGGUGUGGGAAGGUGUUCAGUAACAACUCUAGCCUUAUGGUGCAUCAGAGGACACACACUGGGGAGAAGCCCUACCAAUGCAAGGACUGUGGGAAAGCAUUCAGUGACAGCUCGCAGCUGAUUGUGCACCAGAGAGUUCACACUGGUGAGAAGCCUUACGGAUGCAGGGAGUGUGGGAAAGCCUUUAGCCAGCGUUCCACUUUUAACCACCACCACCGAACUCACACUGGAGAGAAGCCUUCAGGUCUGCCCCAGUCAGCAUCUUAAGAUGUGGUUUUGGACACAGAACAGUGAGCUUUGUUUAUACAGAUGCUCAUUCUGCUGCCCUCCUGGAACUGUUAAUCACUGUGCACCACUGCCGUCUGCUUCCCCCAGGUCACUGAGGUGUGAGAGUAGCAGUGGAAUCCUCUACUCUGGGAUAGUAACUAUGCAUUGCAUUUACAUAAGCCUUCAUUUUUCCUUUAUUUAAUUGUCUUAAUGUCUGCUUUAUUUCUUAGUUAUGCAUCUCAUAAUUAGACUGUGCUUCUUAGUACAGAGGUAAUACAUCCAUUCUAUUCUAGCUUGUCCAUGUUGCCAGUUGCACAAAGAUUUUCUGCAAGGUCCUGCUUGUCUGUUGGCUGUCCUCACCUCCUGUUAGACUCACCCCCAUAGAAAGAUUCUUACCUGGUGUUUCCCUAUGUGGAAAAUGUUUCUUUCUUUCUUGUAACCUUUGCUGUCCACCUUAUAUCUUAAGGGCUUUUUGACAUGCUUCUGCAUUCCUCUACAAUAUCUAUCAGUGUGGCCGCAAUUCUUUGCAUUAGGUGGUGCUGGAAGGUGCAGCUGUUUUUACAUUUCCUGCCAGAUUCGCAGUGUUUUUAUGGUUCAUACCAACUUUCUGUAGGCUCUUUGCGGUCAGAUACAUAUCUACUUAAACAUAUAGAUAGUAGUUUAUGGAUGCUAAUCGUCAAAUAAUUUUUAACCUCACCUCAUGUUUAAUCAUCCUUAGAUUAUGUACUAUCUGCCCCUUUCCCCAAGCUUCUAAAGAUGGAUGUACAUCUUAUGAGCCAUGACAUUCAAAGACUUCAUUAAUGUUUACUGUGUACUCAUGGAAGUCAUACUACUGGUAUUUCAGGCUCAAAAUAAUGGGUUUGUAAGUGUGUGGAGGGGGAUGACUGUGUAUCUAGGAAUCAUGGGCACUUGUGUCCCACUGAGCUGUGUUACCUUGCACAAAUGACCUAUGUUCGGAAUCUGGUCACUGUAA